UUCCAUCUGUAUCAUGACAGAACGUGUAGGCACGCUGUUCCCGGAGCUGUUUAGUGACUGUAGUCUGGAGCAGCUGAGUGUGUUUCUAGACAACGCCAACCCCAGCUGCCUGCUGGACACCCCCAGCUCAUCCAGACUGUACAGUGGGUCUAUCUGUGGUAAUGCUUUUCUGGACCCUGGAGAGGAGUGUGACUGUGGAACAGUCGAGGAAUGUGAAAAUCCAUGCUGUGAUCCCAUGACCUGCAGGCUCACUGAAGGCUCACAAUGCGUUCAUGGAGACUGCUGUGAGAAUUGCCAGAUAAAAGAUGCUGAAAGCUUGUGUCGAGCACCUGAAAAUGAGUGUGACAUUCCAGAGUACUGCACAGGGCUCUCAGAGCACUGCCCAGAGAAUGAUUUUAAGAUGAAUGGCAUACCUUGCAGCUCUGGCCAGGGUUACUGCUAUAAUGGCCAAUGCCCCACUCACCUCCAGCACUGCCAAAGACUUUGGGGAACAG